AAAGAGACAGGUGUUGCCCAUCAUCGUAAUCCUCUCUGUUGAUAUUAUGACCAUUUUACCCCUGGCAUGGCCACACAUUAUAUCACCGCCUCUCCCGGCACAAUCAAAUAUAUAUCCAUUCAAGUUGAGACUUUAUCCUUGAGCUUACAAUCAUGGAAGCAGCUGAAGAACUAGAACCUUCAGGAGUCUUGGACAAGAUCCUACCUCUGCAGCUCGAGGACUCGAUCCUCCGAGCCGCCACUGCUGCCAAGUCCCGUGCCACCUCAAUCUUGACAGGGGAAGAAAGCAGGGAAUGUGUGAACGAUCCAUGGCUGGACCCUGCAGCUGACGCGCUCACUGGAGUAGAGCCGGAGCAUGACCUGCCAGGAGGGCCAUGUGCAGGGGAGAAGGGUGGCAAGGUGGAGGCCUGUGGCGAUGAUGUGGUAGUGCCUGGCGAGAGUGAUGCGGCAGACGAGAUGGCGGUUGGAGCGGGGGCAGAUGUAGGGGAAGGGCAUGCAGCCUGUGUGGAUGGGUUGCAGGGGGUAGAGGACGGAGUAAAAGGAGGAGACCGAAUCGGAGGUAACGCUGAGGAGGCCGGAUGGGAUGAUGACGACAAGGAGGAGCCAAUUCUGGUCGAAGGCGUUGUAUGAAUUACAGUGAUUUUUGGGCGUGGGGUUUCGUUUGAGUAGGCAAAUAGGUCUAUAUCUUGAAAUAGCUAGCAAGAAAUGAAGACAGAGGUAACAUUAUACUUUGUUAUCGAUGCGUGUAAAACAACAAAUGUUGUGUAUAUAUAAUUAUGCUUAUACAUUGUCUUGGGUC